AUGCUCCCUCUAACUCCUCUCUGCCCACUCCCCAUUCCCUACGAUUCCCCACUGCCCAUUCCCCAUACCCUGCAAUUCCCCUCUGCUCAUUCCCCACUGCCCAUUUCCCUGCGAUUCCUUGCCCCCUUCCCCUCUGCUUAUUAUCCCAUCCCCACAAUUCCGUUCCCCACUUCCCUCUGCCCGUUUCCCCUUUUCCUGCAAUUCCUUUCUCAGUUCCUGCACCCUCCUAUCCCAUUUCCCUCGUUUCUUCCCAAUUGUACUUAUCCGCCGCAUCUUCCCGCCUCCCCGCGCGCGCUUCUCUUGCCUCCCCGCGCGGCCUCCUCUCACCAUCGCCAGCGUGCUCUGCUCGCCAUGGCCUCGCGUGCUCCUCUCGCCUUGAUAGCGCGCGAUUCUGUCGCCUCCCCGCGUGGCCUCCUCUCACCAUCCCGCGCGUGCUCCUCUCGCCUCCCCUCGCAUGAGAGGCGAGCCUUUAUAGCGCGCGCUUCACUUGCCUCCCCGCGCGGCCUCCUCUCACCUCCCCGCGCAUCCUCCUCUCGCCGCCUCACGCGUGCUUCUCUCGCCUCCCCGCGCGAACUCCUCUCGCCUCCCCUCGUGUGCACCUCUCACCCCCCCUCUACCGCCCUUCUUUCCUCCCCGUGCAGCCUCCUCUCACCUCCCUGCGCGUGCUCCACUCGCCUCCCCUCGCGUGGUCCUCUCACCUCACCUUGUGUGCUCCUCUCGCCCCCCCACGCGUGCUCCUCUCUCCCCAUCUUGCGUGCUCCUCUCGCCUCCCCACGCGUGCCCUCUACGAUGCGUGAGGGGCUUCACCUCCCGUCUCCUCACUGCCUCUCUGCGUCUCGCGACAGCCUCUGUGGGGUGCUCCUCUCUCCUCACCUCCCGUGGUCCACUCUGACAGGGCAUGGUGCUCCUCUCCUCUCGCCUGCAGUGCUCCACUCUGGAAUGUGGGAUGCUCCUCUCUCCUCACCUCCCGUGCUCCACUCUGGAAUGUGGGAAGCUCCUCUCUCCUCACCUCCCGUGCUCCACUCUGACAGGGUGCUCCUCUCUCCUCACCUCCCGUGCUCCACUCUGACAGGGCAGGGUGCUCCUCUCACCUCACCUCCCGUGCUCCACUCUGACAGGUGGGGUGCUCCUCUCUCCUCACCUCCCGUGCUCCACUCUGAGCAGGUGAGCUUUCACUCUUCAAUGAGCCUCCGUGCUGCUGAGGUGACUUGUGAGCCGACUCAAAAGUCACCCCGUGCUGCUGAAGCCCGCUGCUGCUCGCUGGGCGCUCGUGUUUGUCGGGGUUUCUGUUAA